UCCCUUCCUGUUGCCGUAGUUUUAGCCGGCUACGUCAGCAAUAUGGCGUCUCCAGAUGUCCACGUCCGAGUGUGUGAGCAAGAAAUACUCAAAUAUGAUCUGGAAAUCAAGGCUCUCAUCCAGGACAUCACAGAGUGCGACGGCCCUCAGAGCGAGCUGGAGGAAAUAAACGCAGAUGUGAAAAAACACUUUCAAAACCUCAGGUUAAGGAUUGAGGACUUUGAGCGCAUUGCAAUGGAGCAAGACAGAGAGUCGGACAAACAGGCCCUGCUUGGCCGAGUCGACGGACACAGAAAGCAGAUGCUGAGCAACCAGACGGCCUGGAGGAAAGCCAACCUGGCCAGCAAACUGUCCAUUGACAAAAUAGAGAAGCAGGCGCUGCUUAACGGGGCUGAUGGCGCUGUGAGACAGAGGAAGACGACCAAAGAGGGCCUCGCCCAAAACGCCAGCGACAUCACAGAGAAUCUGAUGAGCAUCAGCCGGAUGAUGGCGCAGCAGGUCCAGCAGAGUGAAGAAACCAUAACGACACUAGCAACGUCGUCGAGAACAAUCCAAGAGACAAACGAGGAGUUUAAAGCCAUGACUGGAACCAUUCAGCUGGGAAGGAAACUCAUCACCAAGUACAACCGCAGGGAGAUCACCGAUAAACUGCUCAUCUUCUUGGCGUUGGCUCUGUUCUUUGCAACCGUCCUGUACAUCCUCAAAAAGAGGCUCUUCCCUUUCUUAUAGGCCAGAAGGUCGCCAUCAGCUCCACACACAGGACCUUCCAAAGUCCAGAUUCCAUGCUGCUAAAUAUAAGGAUAAUCCUGCAUGUCAGCAGCUCCUCUAAAUGUUUAAUUUAUUGAGCUCUAUAUCUUUAACUGACUUAGAUUUAAAUCAACGGCUCAGCUAUUGAGGACCAGAAGAGUCAUUAAAAAAGAAAUGCAACCAUUUUGAAUUUUAUAUUCAAAUCAUAGAUCUCGAAAU